ACCCCAUAAAUCCUGGUGGGAUGGGGAAAGAACCCCAUUGAGCACCCGAGGGCCCCGAAAGUCUUGGUGGGAUGGGGAAAUAACCCCAUAGAGCACCCCGGGACCCCAUAAAUCACGAUGGGAUGGGGACAUGGCCCCAUAGAGCACCCCGGGAACCCACAAAUCCUGGUGGGAUGGGGAAAGAACCCCACAGAGCACCCAGGAGAAGCCAAGCAUCCAGGUGGGACCCAGAGGGGUCCAAAGACCUUCCCCCAACACCACCCUCUCCCCACAGCCCCCCAGUGCCCCGCGGGCACCCGCUACGCCAUCUGCGCCCCCGGCUGCACCCCAGGGUGCCGUGAAGGUUGCGUGUCCCCCGACGACUCCCACGGGGGCACCCAGAGGUGCUCGGCAGAACCGGUGGCAGCACCGGCUACCGUGGGCACCCCGGGGACCUGCCGGGCCGUGGGGACUCAGCACUACUUGAGCUUCGAUGGGGUGGCCAUGGCCGUGGCGGACAACUGCUCCUACGUGGUGGCCCGGAGCUGCGGCCCCCCCGGCGCCCACCCUGCCUUUGAUGUGACUGUCACCGACCCACCCCGGGGUGGCCCCGGCCCCCGCAGCGUCACCGUCACCGUGCACCAGCACCGCUUUGUGCUACGGGGUGGGCACCCCGGCAUGGUGGAGGUGGACGGCUCCAAGGUGUCGCUGCCCUUCUGCCUGCAAGGCCAGGCCGUGUGCCUGGCACCCCGGGGUGCCACCACCCUCCUGGUGGCCGACUUCGGCCUUCGCGUCACCGCCGGCCCCGGGGCGGCGGUGGCCGUCACCGUGUCCCCGAGCUUCCGCAACGUCACCUGCGGCCUCUGCGGCAACUUCGACGGCCACCCCUACAACGACCACCUCCACCAGGCCACCACGGCCACGUGUCACCGUCCCUGCCCCGGCCCCACGUGUCCCCCGUGCCGGCAGCCCCCCAAGAAAGCCUUCGUCCACACCGAGCUCUGCGGCGUCCUGCGGGACCCCCAGGGUCCCUUCGGGGGCUGUCACGCCGCGGUCCACCCCAGGGUCUUCUUCGACGUCUGCCUCUGGGAGCUCUGCGAAGCCCCCGGGGACAAGGAGGUCCUCAGCGAGGUCCUGGGCGCUUACGAAGCCGCCUGCCGCCAGGCCAAGGUCCGCGUGGGACCCUGGCGCGCCCCCAGCGUCUGCCCUCCGUGGUGCGUCGAGGGCUCCGGCUGCCGCCCCGGUGUCACCUGCGUCCCCCACCGAGCGCUGCUGAGGCGGGACCUGUCUCCAG